AUGAAGACGACGACGACCUGCUUUUGCAUCGUCCUCGUGAUGAUGUCAGGGGGCGUGUGGCGGCCGACGACGACGAGUUCGCGAGGUGGAUUUUUUUUACUCGGUGCGGAAGCGGCGGAGUUAGAGAUUGGUUGGGAUGGGUUGGUGUAUACCGUCGACGACGAUUCGACUAUAAAAGAAGAUAAAGAUUUUGACGGCGUGACGAAAACGAUCGGACCGUAUUAUCUCUCCGAGCGCGCGCAGCACAUCAAAGACGAGUUCAUCGUACCGUACGACUGGGAUGAUUAUUUGCAAGAUUUUGAAUCGUACAUGGAUGAAUUUUGCGAAGCUUCUGGUGGCGACGAUUGGACUAAGUUUACUGGCUACGCGUUCACGCCAUCUAAUGGUGGCACGAGAGUUACUUCGGAUAAGUUCAUGACCAAAUACUUGACGGACACCAUCACUGCCGCCAAGGCGGGGACUGCGCCAGCCGACGGAGCCCUCGAAAAGGUUGAAAAGACGGUCAAGGACAUGUGCGGAAUUCACGCCGUUUUGCGCUAUUUGUACUUGGGCUACGCUACGGGUAACGAUGAUACCAACUGGGAUAGAGCUGCGGCGGUGUAUUACGGCCAAAAUAAACUUGGAUCUCUUUAUCAUCGCUCGGAGUAUUUGGGUGGACAAUUUGGUACGACGUCGGGCGGCAACUCUGCUACGAAUGUAAAGAUCAACGCAGCUUUUAGACAAGGCAAACAAUCUACGUCGACUGCGACGAAAGCUGAAAAGUACGAGAUUAUUGAGCACCAAAUGCGCAUCGUGUACGCGCAAGGUAUCAUUAAGUACGCGCUUCAAAUGGACCACGCAAUUGCCGAAAAAACGGCGACGGCGUACAUGGAAGCGCAAGCGGAAGGUCAAGCAUUCGCUCGUAUUCUCGCACCAUGGGUAAACGGAUACUCGCAGAACAAUGCGACGGCGUUAGAAGCAAUGUUUGACACGUCUAAAGUUCCGCGAGGGUACGCGCAUUACAACUACUGCGCGGCAAAAGCGAUUUUGCAAUCGGACAUCAACGGCGGGAUUUCUGACGAAGAGAUUGGAACUUACGACCACAUGGAUGAGAUUAUCUGUCCGACAAUCGACGCGCAUAUGAGCAAUUUGCAAAGAAGUGGUACGGAUACAUACACGCCGCAAUCCAUUGUCGGUCCAGACUUGUCCGUUUCGCAGGCGGUUUCGCAAGUGAAAACGUUGCUCGGGGACUCGUCCGACUACGCGACCAUUAAGGAAACGUACACUGAGUUGGGAUUACGCGCGUUGGCUGAUACCGAUCACACGGGCGAGCCUGUUUGGAACGCUUUCAAGGCGCACUUUGGUUCUGCCACGUGGAUUUCUGACUUUGUCGAUCUAAUCUGCGAUGGCACGACUUUAUCUUCGCACCCGGGCGCGAGAGCGGAACUGCUCGAAAAGACCGUCAUGGACGCGUUGCAAGUGCAAGCGAUCAUCAGCGAUCUCUAUCAAGGCUACUCGAACGACGACCAGGAUAAAUGGGACCAAGGUGCGGCGAAGUUUCACGGCGCCGGCGACAGUUACGACUCCACCGUCUUUGCGCGCGGCGACAAGAGAGCGGCCAACUACAACACCCCGCAAUCGGGUACUACUGUCGCGAAAGCGAACAGUGCCAUCGCGACUGCCUUGGUCUCGGGUAAAACUGAGGCCAACUACAACACGGUGUUGAAAAACAUCAAAAUUAUCUACGCGCAAGCUACUAUUCGAUACGCGUGGCUUAUCGAUCGCGACGUUGUUGAAGGCACCGAUUAUCGCGAACACCAGGCGGAAGGGUUGGCGUUUUUCAGAGUCAUUGCGCCGUGGGUCAAAUCUAUCGACAGCUCCGGUUACGAUACCGUAUCUCAAAUCUUCGACACGACGAAGAGGCCGUUUUCAGUCAUUGGUCACUCGUAUUGUCUCGUUGAACAAAUCAUUACGGAUGCUUUAUCCAUCUCCAAUUCGGACUUGGGCUCCUUGGAAGACGCUACUUCUUUGGCUUCGUGUUCAAACGUGGCAACUUCGAAGGUCAUCUCCGAAGGUGACACUACGCUUUUCACGGCAACGACUGAUAUUGGCGCUUCUUUAGAGACGUCCAAUCUCGUUUCUGACGUCAAAGCUAUCCUCGAUGUUACCUCGCCAAACUUUGCCGCGAUCAAGGCAAAAUACAGAUCGGACGGUUUGCGCGGCAUGGCGGACGCGGACAGAUCUGGCGAGCCCGCGUAUAAUCUCUUUUACGCUUAUUACGCCUCGAAGACGUGGAUUUCAGAUUUCCUCUAUCGCGCAACUGAUGGCACGGCGACGUCUAAUUCAGAACCGGCACGAUUGGAGGCGGUUGAGAAAACUAUGUGGGACGCGACCAUGGUGAACGCGAUUGCGUCCGACCUCUAUCGAGGCAUCUCGGACAAGAAUGCGUGGGACGCUGCGGCGGCGAAAUAUUUCGGAAAAGCAACGACGCGAUCGACGACUAUUUACGGGCGCGCGAAUAAGCGCGCGGCGAAUUUUGGAACCUUAAGUUCGGAUGGAGUUACGGCCAAGGUGAACGCCGCGAUAUCCGCCGCGUUCAUAUCUGGACAAAGCCAAAACAACCACGACAUCAUCUUGAAAUCAAUCAAGACUAUCUACGCGCAGUGUGCCGUUAGAUACGGUUUGAUGUUAGACCAAGACGUGGCCAGUGGAGCAGAUUACCGCGAGCAUCAAGCGGAGGGAUGGGCAUUCUGGAGAGUCCUCGCGCCGUGGGUAUCGGAAGUCGAUUCGAGCGGAGCGCAAGUUUUGGAUUACAUGUUCAACACGGCGACGACGCCGAACCACGCGAACCACUACUGCUUUGCGGUGAAUGUGGUAAAGAAUUUGAACAUAGCCGCGGACGACAUGGGUGUCCACGAAGGCGCGCCGUCUCUCGAUAGUUGCGUUGGUAUCGAACCGACAAUUAUCGGAGCGACGCCUUCCUCUGGCUUUACCCACUUUGCGGCGAAGAGCAUGUUUUUCGUGUACUUUGCGGCGACAUUCUUGGUAGCUUCCUUGGCUUUGUGUGCGCUUUAA